UUAGCAUUACUAACUUCUGAAUUUAGGCUUGCGAUGUUUACAUCACGACAAUUAAUUCGGUCGAUUGCACUAAAAGAAUUGCGGAAAAAAACUGGAUACAGCUAUGUGAAUUGUCGAAAAGCAAUAAAUGAAUUCGGACUAAAUAAUCUAAAUGAAGCUGUUAAAUGGUUGAAAGAAAUGGCUGCUAAAGAAGGAUGGGAGAAAGCUGCGAAACUUAGUGGUAGGCCGACAAAACAGGGUGUCGUAUCUGUAUUAGUUGAGAACAAUAAAGCAGCUAUAGUUGAAGUUAAUUGUGAGACAGAUUUCGUUUCCAGAAAUGAAAACUUCAAGCAAUUAGUAAGUUUGAAAUGCAUUUACUGUAGUGCUGCUUCUGAUCGAGCUUUUUCUUAUAUGGAUUCUUUACGAACAUCUGAAAACUGCAAGUCGAUAAAAGAGUUAAUCAUUGAAGCAAUUAGUAAACUUGGUGAAAAUAUAUCGAUCUCAAAGGCACAAGUGCUGAUAGCUCAACCUAACGUUCAGCUUUUCAGCUAUGCACAUCCUAGAGAAGGUACUGAGGCAGUAUUUAUGGGGAAGUAUGUGUCAGUUGUCGGACUAAAACGAACACCUAACAUUACUUUUCCAACUGAAACACUCGGGGAACAGUUAUGCCAGCACAUAAUUGGAAUGAGACAGGCCUUCAUGCUGAACCCAUCACAAACCGUUCAUGAAUAUGUUACUAAUCAUGGAGCAAGCAUUGUUGACUUUUAUCGCUUUGAAAUGAAUGAAAAUGAUAACGGUGAAGUUACCGAUAGUUAG